GAGAGAGAGAGAGAGCUCUGUGAGUCAGCGCAGCAUCCAGACGCACCUGCGGGUUGGAGAGAACCUCUGAGCCUCUUCUUCCUUCAGUUUCCUGUAAGUUCGUCAGGAUGGCAGCAGCUUCCUCCAAAAUCACCCCCGAAGUUCUGCAGGAGAUGCUCCAGCUCUACAACCUGAGCCGACAGGAGUUCAUCAACACCUACAACAUCCAGCCGCUGGUCUACAUCCCCGAGCUGCCGCACGGCGCCAAGACCACCUUCGCGGUCAUGUACGCGGUGAUCUUCGUCCUGGCUCUGGCCGGGAACAGCCUGGUCAUCUACAUCGUGCUGAAGAAGAGAGCCGUCCAGACGGCCACGGAUAUUUUCAUCUGCUCUCUGGCCGUCAGCGACCUGCUCAUCACUUUCUUCUGCAUUCCUUUCACCCUGCUGCAGAACAUCUCCUCAGAGUGGUUCGGCGGGGUUCUGGUUUGCAAAACUGUUCCCUUCGUUCAGACCACAGCCAUCGUGACAGGCAUCCUCACAAUGACCUGCAUCGCCAUCGAGAGAUAUCAGGGUAUUGUCUUCCCCUUGAAAAUGAGGCAGCAGUACUCAUCCAAAAGAGCCUACAAGAUGUUAGGGCUGGUAUGGAUUGCCUCAGUGUUGGUGGGUUCACCAAUGCUAUUUGUGCAACAGCUAGAGGUGAAGUACGACUUCCUGUACGAUCACUACCACGUGUGCUGUCAGGAGAGCUGGCGUUCCCUGACGUACAGGCAGGCAUACACCACCUUCAUCAUGGUGGCACUUUUCCUGCUACCCUUGGCGGCCAUGUUGUUCCUCUACACUCGCAUUGGGGUCGAGCUGUGGAUCCGCAAGCGGGUGGGCGAUGCUUCAGUCCUGAACACCAUGAACCACAGGGAGAUUGGUAAGAUCUCCAGGAAAAAGAAAAGAGCUGUCAAAAUGAUGGUGACCAUUGUCCUUCUGUUUACCGUUUGUUGGGCACCUUUCCACACAGUGCACAUGCUGUUUGAGUACAAUGACCUGGAGAAGAAGUACGACGGCGUGACUCUAAACAUGAUCAUCGCCAUCGUUCAGGCCAUCGGCUUCUUCAACAGCUUCAACAACCCCAUCGUGUACGCGUUCAUGAACGAAAACUUCAAAAAGAGCUGCUUCUCUGCCCUCUCCCAGUGCGUCCGCAAACCGAACCAGCAGGGUGCCGCCGGCGUGGUGCCGAGACUGAGCGUGCAGUUCAUCAAACCCGAAAGCAGAGAGGGCUUCCUGAAGCCAGAUGAAGGCGACAGCUCGGAGCAGCGCUCGGUGGAAAAGGGCGUUUCAAGCUCAUCGCACGGGACAAGCUCCCUGGACGUCAUGGGAGAGAAAAUCUCUACGAUCCAAACUGAGCUCCCAGCAAACAGCUCCUCUCAAGUCAAAUAGGACAGAGCAGGACUGAGGUUUGGGUGCUUUUACUCUGAAACACUUCUGCUAUCAUCUGUCAGCGAGUGAUGCUGUGAAGAAGGUGAAAGGGAAUGCAAGUCUUAAAGACUCAAAGCGCAGCAGCUUUACCACAUUGUCCACAGCCAGGAAUGAAAGCAUUCAGUAUGUGUUCACAAGCACAACAAAAUGGACAUCAGGGGAUUUUAAAGAAGUGGUUUUACUGUAAAUACUGGGAGUCACGAAUGUUGGAAGACUGAUGCAACCGUUUGUCAUUAAAAUAGAGAACUGGC